AUGAGUAAUCUGGUCAGCCAGAACUCCACUACGUGCGCCACAGGCGCCGAGCUAGCUCAAAAAGUGGCUGCGGUGUCACCGGACUGGAAAUGGGCCCCGCUGGAUGAAAGCACGUUGGCAAUCUUGGUCCCCAGCGACCAGGACCCGCGUAUGGUGUCGAAGGAGUAUUUCGUCUCUAUGCUCGAGUACUGCGAGGAUCUGCAAAUGGAGCAGGUCAUCGCGCUCUUCGAUCGUAAAGACGUCGACUUGUCGAACACCUUCGCGAAAACUCUCCGUUACAUCGGAUUCCGUGCUCUCUCCCCGACAACAUUCCCACCCCGAUUGACGCCUCGGCUCACUUUGCCAUGGUCUACGAGAUCUAAAUAUCCCCCUAUUAUUCUUCUUCUCUUC